AGUGAUCAAUGAAGACAUAGUGCAACCUACCACCGGAUUUGGAGCUCACCCGCAUCGAGAAUUCGAAAUUUUCUCGUAUAUUAUUUCUGGUGAAUUGCAACAUAAGGAUUCUGGUGACGUCCAAUUCACAUCAUCCGGUACAGGAAUCACACAUUCCGAAUACAAUAUUCAUCCAACCCUUCCUGUUCAUUUUCUUCAAAUAUGGGUGAAACCUGACAAUCCAAAACUUCAGCCAAGAUAUCAAACCAUGACCUUCCCCGAGGCCUCUAAGACGAAUAACCUCGUACAUAUCAUCUCUCCGGUUGCUGAUCAAGAUAGCUCUACUAUUGGCAUUAAUACAGAUUUUCAUAUGUAUGCCAGUUUAUUGGAACCAGGCCAUAAGGUCGUGCAUACAGUACAAGGAAUUAAAGAGCCUAGAAGAGCUUAUAUUCAUCUUACGAGUACUGGUGGAAACUUGAAAAUUAAUGGAAACACGACAUUGCGACAAGGUGACGGUGCAUUUGUUACUGAAGUUAAACAGGGAGAUGAAAUCGUCUUCGAGUCUGUUGGCGAUAAAAUUGCAGAAUUUGUGCUUUUUGAUCUAGCUUAA